AUGGCUGAACAGCUAUCACAGAGCAGAAAGGGCAAAGGAUUAACCUUUGAGGGGAAUGCAGCGGGCACCUCAAGUCAGGUUUCCCUAGUAUCCCAAAAGCGGCCAUUGUGGCGAUCUCUGGUCCACUAUCUCAAGGGCCGUGAGGUGGGCAUGCAUCUGGCUUGUCCCAAUCUGAAGGACACAGAAGACAAGCUCCAUUAUUUCGCUGUGCAGAAGCUGCCAGAACGGCUGCAAGAGCGUGAGCUGUCUCUGGGCACCCUGAAUAAGGUGUUUGCAUCGCAGUGGCUGAAUGCCAGGCAGGUGGUGUGUGGCACGAAGUGUAACACACUCUUUGUGCUGGAUGUACUCACUGGCCAGAUCACAAACAUCCCAGUGAUGGAGGACCGCAGAUCCAGGCCGACCCGUAUGCAUUCAAAUUGUGGCAUCCAUGCCAUUGAGCUGAAUCCCUCCAAAACCCUCCUGGCCACAGGGGGACGGAAUCCCAACAGUCUGGCCGUCUACCAGUUACCGACCCUGGAUCCCUUGUGCCUAGGUGACCGUCAUGGUCACAAGGACUGGAUCUUUGCCAUCGCUUGGGUGAGUGACACAGUGGUUGUGAGCGGCUCCCGUGAUGGCACUUUGGCUUUGUGGCAGAUGGAUCCUGAAUUAUACAACAGCAGCAGCUCCCGGUGCUACGAUGAAGACUUCCCCGUGUAUUCCCACAUCUGCCCUAAAGAUAGAGAGAUCAUCCCUAGAGCCACUUGCAGCCCCAAUAACCGAAAGGUGAGGGCUCUAGCCUAUAGUGGCAAAAAUCAGGAACUAGGAGCUGUGUCCCUCGAUGGCUAUUUCCACCUGUGGAGAGCCCGGAACAACUUGUCCAGGCUGCUGUCAGUGAGGUUAUCCUACUGCAGAGAUAAUUUGUGCCUGACCUACUGUGAUGAGCCUUCGCUGUUUGCUGUGGGCUCCCAGGCCCACGUCUCCUUCCUGGAUCCCCGUCAACAUCAGCAGAACCUGAGACCUCUAUGCUCUAGGGAUGAAGGCACAGGAGUGCGUUCACUGAGUUUCCACCAGAACCUUGUCACCAUCGGCACAGGCCAUGGGUCCCUACUAUUCUAUGACAUCCGUGCCCAGAAUUUCCUGGAGGAGGUGACUCCGACCUACUGGAGCUGCUGUGCAGGACCCUUGGGCAGGAAGGCUAAGCUCACCUGUGGCAGAGGCUGGCUCAACCAUGAUAACCUAUGGAUAAAUAACUUUGGUGGCUUUGGGGAGUUUCGCAAUGCGCUCUACACACACUGUUAUAACUGGCCAGAGAUGAAACUUUUUGUGGCUGGGGGACCACUUCCAUCUGGUCUCCAAGGAAACUAUGCAGCCAUUUGGAGCUAA